UUACGGCGCUGUGCUCCAAAAAACAUGGCAGCCUCCGUAAAGAGCAUUUGCGUAAGGUAGCUGGAGUUUCACAUUAAAGAAGCCUUUUUUUCUGAUUUGGUCUUCGUUUCCAUUGGAUUCAAGUUAUACAGUGUAUGUCUCACAUGUUGAUGAAGAAGCUGCCCCCAGUGCAGAGCGUCUUGUUCCUGGUUUCCAGGAGAGCCAGCCAGCUCUCCAGACAGCGGUAUGAUGUCAUCGUGGUGGGUGGGGGCCACGCAGGAACCGAGGCAGCGGCUGCAGCGGCCCGAAUCGGGGCAGAGACCCUCCUGGUCACACAGAAAAUACAAACAAUCGGCGCGCUGUCCUGCAACCCGUCCCUGGGCGGCGUAGGUAAGGGUCACCUGGUGAGGGAGGUAGACGCUCUGGAUGGGCUCUGCGGUCGAGCUGGAGACUGGGCGGGGAUUAACUUCUCCGUCCUGAAUCGUAGCAAAGGCCCCGCCGUGUGGGGGCCGAGAGCCCAGUUGGACCGGCAGCGCUACCGAGAGUUCAUUCAGUUGUUCUACCUGCAGGCAGAGCUGCUGUCCACUCCCAGGUUGACGCUUCUGGAGGGUUCAGUGGAGGAGCUGCUGGUGUCGGAUCCGAACCCUGCAGAACCUGGGCGCCACAGAGUCACCGGGAUACGGCUCGCCAAUAGCAGCCAGCUGAUCUCUGCCUCCUCCGUGGUUCUGACCACCGGUACCUUCCUGUCCGGCUCGCUGUUUGUGGGUCGGACCGCGUCCCCCGGAGGCCGGAUGGGAGACGCCCCGUCGAGUUCUGGCCUGACCCAAACAUUGAGGGACCGGCUGGGUCUGAGGGUGGGCAGGCUGAGGACCGGAACCCCACCCAGACUUUUAAAAGACUCAGUGGACCUUUCCCUGGCUAAACUCCACCCGCCGGACCGCCAGCCGACGCCGUUCAGCUUCAUGAAUACUCACACCCGCUGCAAGCCGGAGGAGCAGCUGCCAUGUUACCUGACCUACACGACUCCAGGUGUAGAGAGAGUGGUGAGGGAGAGUCUCCACCUGAACUGCCACAUCCAGCAGGACGCCAAGGGGCCCAGAUAUUGUCCCUCCAUUGAGUCCAGGGUGCUGCGCUUUCCAGGAAGAAGUCACCAGGUGUGGCUGGAGCCCGAGGGGUUGACCUCUGACCUCUUGUACCCACAGGGUCUAUCCAUGACCAUGCCUCCUGACGUGCAGCUGCGCCUCAUCAGGGAAAUCCCUCCCUUGCACAGAGCGGAGAUCCACACUCCAGGGUAUGGUGUGCAGUAUGACUAUGUGUGUCCCACCCAACUGAGUCCCGCGCUGCAGGUGAAAAACACUCAGGGACUUUUUCUGGCCGGCCAGAUCAACGGGACGACGGGUUACGAAGAGGCAGCUGCACAGGGGCUGUGGGCGGGGGUGAACGCCGCCCGCCGCGCCCACUCCCAGCCUCCCGCGGCGCUGUCUCGGACAGAGAGCUACAUCGGCGUCCUCGUUGAUGACCUGGUGAGUCGAGGAGUUACCGAACCGUACCGCAUGUUCACCAGCCGGGCGGAGUUUCGGACUUCUCUGAGGCCGGACAACGCUGACCUCCGCCUUACGAUGAAAGGAUUUGAGCUGGGAUGCGUCUCGGCUGUGCGCCACCAUGAGGCAGUUAGGGUGCGUUGCAGUCUCCAGAACGCAAUAGCUGCCCUCCAGGCUCUCACAAUGUCCUCAACCAGCUGGAGGAAGAAGCUGCUGGGAAUCAGCAUGAGCGAGAACAAGAACCAGGCGCUCAGCGGGAUGGACCUGCUGCAGUACAAGGACGUCUCCUUUGAAAUGUUGGCUUCUGUUUUUCCUGAGUGCCUUUCCCCGUACAUGGAGUUCUCACAAAGACUCAAAAUAGAGGCCGUGUACAAGCCUCACUACGACCAAAACAAGAGCGAGAUCAAGAGGAUUCAGCGCGAGGAGAACAUGUCUCUGCCGCAGGACGUCGACUACUUCACCCUGCCCGUGUCUCUGUCGCAGGAAGUCAGAGAAAUCCUCGACAGAUUUCGGCCGACCACCCUGGGAGCUGCUACCCGUCUGGAAGGCAUGACUCCUGCGGCGAUCGCCAAUCUCUUCAAGUACGUCAACCUUAUAAGGAGACAGGAGAGCACGAUGAGCGGAAAGCAAACGGACCACGAGGAGGAAGGAGGAGAGGAGCCGUGCAAAAGAAAUGCAUCUUUACCUCAAUAAGAGACUGAGAAUGUAAACAAAAAAAUAUUUAUUCUGGGAAGAUAAGAAAAAAAUAC